AUGUCUCCUAGUUGCAGCUCCGUUUCAGAUGACGAGGGAGUGGUGAAAGACCGGCGGCAAGACGACGAAGAUUUUCAGCCGCCACAACGCAAACGUCGCCGACAGCAUCCGGUCCCCGGAGCGUCCACCAGGCGGCGAUAUUGCUUGGACGGCACUGCAUCUAGGGAAAACUUACUCGAUAUCCCAAGCCCGCCGUCCUCGGAAAAUGACACAGAGAGAAAGAGUACUGCACGCAUACUUAACGCGGCGUUCCAGGAGUGGCCUCUCGUUGAUGCUGUUCUUAAAAGAAUUAUGGAGGAUGGCCGAACAACUUUUCAAUUACAAUUCACCUGGGGCACCUGCACAACUCAUGAACGACAGGACCGUGGAAUUGGAAGCCCAGAGCACCAGUCAUCUGUCAACACGGCUCCUUUUGCGAAGCGAGGAACAAGAAGGCACGCCCAGUUCGAAACAGGUCAUGCUACACAAGAUGACGAGGAACAGUGCCAUAUCGAAGCAAUUCGAGACCACAGAUUCACCGAGCCUAACAAUGGGGGUCUCCAGCUGUAUGUCGGAUGGAAAAACUCCCAAAAGAGGACUUGGGAACCAGUGGAAGAAUUCAAAGAGACGAUAGCAUACGGCGUAUAUCUGGCCCACAACGACAUCUCCAAACCCUCCAACAGGCCUAAACGUGGUCGUCCGCCGAAAGUCCAUAAAAGAUGA